AUUCUCCUUUUUCUUCUAUAGGACAUAAUCAAAGAUUUUGAGAGGAACAUUUCAGACAUGGUUGCCGGAUUCAUUGAAGUUGUUCAAGGAAUUUUCGCCCAGUGCCGAGACUUAGAGAACCACCAUCACGAGAAGCUACUGGAAAUCGCUGUGGCAACCCUGGAGCGAGUGGCCAAGAAUGAGCUGGAGGAGGAUAUGCCAGAUGAUGUCCGAAUGCUGUUUGUAGACAAGGACACAGUGAUCAAUGCAGUCAGCGCCUCCCACGACACCCACCUGCUGAAGAUCGACAACCGUGAGGACGAGCUGAUGACACGCUGCAACAGCUGGAUGAGUGCUCUGAUGAAAUCGGUACAAGAUGAAGAGGUGAAGCGGAAUCGCAAGCGCAUCUCAGAGAUUCACAACUACAUUGACUACGUUAGGGAUCAGCUGGAUGAGAUGCAACAUGAGCACCAUUGAUUAAGAAGAGGG